AUGCAUAACCAACACACACUCUUAGUCAGACUCCCCUCAUUGCCUUCUCAUUCUCUCACCACCAUCCUUCACCGCACAACAAAGACAAAGCUCAAUAGCACGAGAAGGAAACACACUCGCAGUUCCUCCUUCAGAAGAAGCAAUUGGGUUGCCCCCAAGGCAUUGACAAUGCAUUGCACUUCUCGCUUUGGCGGCGAUGACAACCACAACCACAACCACAACGGUGCCUCUUUCCGCAAAUCCAAGCUGAACGAGUCAACCUUCCUGUCUUCUCUGAUGCCCAAGACGGAGAUUGGCGCUGACCGUUUCCUCCAUGCUCACCCACACUAUGACGGGCGCGGUGUUCUCAUUGCUAUCUUCGAUUCUGGUGUAGACCCAGCUGCAGCUGGAUUACAGGUUACCUCAGAUGGGAAACCAAAAAUUAUUGAUAUUCUUGAUUGCACUGGGAGCGGAGACAUUGACACCUCGAAGGUGGUAAAGGCUGAUGCUCAUGGUUGUAUUUUGGGGGCUUCAGGGGCAUCUUUGGUCAUCAAUACCACAUGGAAAAAUCCCUCUGGUGACUGGCAUGUCGGUUAUAAAUUGGUUUAUGAGCUCUUUACUGAAAAAUUGACUUCUCGUUUAAAGAAAGAGAGAAAGAAAAAGUGGGAUGAGAAAAACCAGGAGGAAAUUGCAAAGGCAGUAAAACAGCUUACUGAUUUUGAUCAGGAACACAUGAAGGUGGAGGAAGUUAAACUUAAAAGGGUUCGUGAAGACCUCCAGAAUAGGCUUGAUCUUCUGAGGAAGCAAUCUGAGUUGUUUUCUUUCAUUCACUUCGGGUAUUGGUGCAUCACUUUCUUCAUGGGGGCAUCUAUAACGGGUUAUGAUGAUAAAGGGCCUGCCAUAGAUGCUGUUGUCUGGUAUGAUGGAGAGGUUUGGAGGGUGGCACUUGACACACAGAGUCUUGAGGAUGAUCCAGAUUGUGGGAAACUUGCUAACUUUGUACCCUUAACUAAUUAUAGGACUGAGAAGAAGUAUGGCAUUUUCAGCAGAUUAGAUGCUUGUACGUAUGUUGUGAAUGUCUAUAAUGAUGGAAAUGUCUUAAGUAUGGUCACAGAUUGCUCCCCUCAUGGCACCCAUGUUGCUGGUAUCGCAGCUGCAUUCCACCCAGAGGAACCUUUGUUAAAUGGAGUUGCUCCUGGAGCACAAUUAAUAUCUUGUAAAAUUGGGGACUCUCGCUUAGGUUCAUUGGAAACUGGAACUGGUCUGACUCGGGCACUGAUAUCUGCUGUGGAGGUGCAUAAAUGUGAUCUUAUCAAUAUGAGUUAUGGUGAGCCUACAUCACUGCCAGACUAUGGACGGUUCGUUGACCUUGUGAAUGAAGCAGUAAACAAGCAUCGACUGAUAUUUGUGAGCAGUGCUGGUAAUAGUGGACCAGCUUUGAGCACUGUCGGAGCACCUGGUGGGACAUCAUCAAAUAUUAUAGGUGUUGGGGCUUAUGUUUCUCCUGCUAUGGCUGCUGGUGCUCAUUGUGUUGUUGAAGCUCCUUCCGAUGGGCUUGAAUACACAUGGUCUAGCCGAGGACCAACAGCUGAUGGAGAUCUUGGUGUCUCUGUAAGUGCUCCUGGUUGUGCAGUUGCUCCUGUUCCUACGUGGACUCUUCAACGGCGUAUGCUCAUGAAUGGGACAUCAAUGGCAUCACCAUCAGCCUGUGGUGGAAUUGCAUUGCUCAUAAGUGCGAUGAAGGCUGAUGGAAUUCCUGUGAGUCCAUAUAGUGUGAGGAAGGCUCUUGAAAACACAUCUAUUCCCAUUGGUGGUUCACCUGAGGAUAAGUUGUCCACUGGGCAAGGACUUAUGCAACAGUCUCAAAAUGUUCCAAGUGUUUGGUACCAGAUAAUGGUAAAGAAAUCUGGAAAAACCAGUGAGUUUACAUUCUCCCGGACAUUUUACCUCCUCUCUUUGAGAAACAAGAUGCAGGAAAUUGAUCCUUGGUCACGGGGCAUCUACUUGCGGGAGGCUAAGGAUUGCCAGCAACCUAUGGAGUGGACUGUGCAAGUUGAUCCAAAAUUUCAUGAAGAUGCCAACAAGCUUGACGAAUUGGCUGUGUUUGAGGAGUUCAUUGAAUUACACUCAUCAGAUGAGACAAUUGUGAAAGCCCCUGAAUAUCUACUGCUCACUCAUAAUGGCCGCACCUUCAACAUAAUUGUGGAUCCUACCAAUUUAAAUGGUGGUCUGCAUUAUUUUGAGGUUUAUGGUAUUGACUACAAAGCACCAUGGCGUGGUCCUAUUUUCAGAGUUCCAAUUACUGUAACCAAGCCCAUGGCUGUAACUGACAGACCUCCUCUAGUUUCAUUUUCAAAUAUGCUAUUCCUGCCAGGCCAAGUAGAGAGGAAGUACAUAGAAGUGCCAAAUGGUGCAUCUUGGAUUGAAGCAACCAUGAAUGCAUCAAGUUUUGAUACGAUAUGUCCAUUGCGAAGACCUUUUGCGCGGAGGAAUGUGAUAACUUUUUCUUUCCCGGCUGCCAAAAGCUUCACCUUUAGGGUAGUAGGUGGUCAGACAUUGGAACUAGUGAUAGCUCAAUUUUGGUCAAGUGGCAUUGGCAGUCAUGAGACCACCAGGGUGGAUAUUGAGGUUAUGUUUCAUGGUAUAAAAGUCAAUCAAGAGGAAAUUGUACUGGAUGGGAGUGAAGCACCAAUCAGAAUUGAUGCUGAGGCGCUACUGGCAUCUGAGAAACUUGCACCUGUAGGAAUUCUAAAUAAGGUUAUCUUGUAA